AUGGUACGCUCACCUUCCAAGCAAUACCUCACCCUCCACACAGUCGAUAAUGCACACCCAAAGGCAAGCGACAUCUUCGCCGUUGCACCCACAGCCACCCAGCUGCUCUCUGCAUCCGGUGCCUCUUCGAUAAACGUAUACGACACCACACAACCCGAAUUUCCUCUCGUCCAGACCCUCGACAAGGCACACCCUCUCGGAAUUCACCACCUCGUGACCGCCAAAGAGUCCACGGCACGUCGUGCUGCCAGCGCUGGCUUUGAGGGCAAGGUCAAGGUAUGGAGCCAAGGCGAAGAUGGUCUCUGGGCCGAGGAUGGCGAGAUAGUCGACCAGAACAAGCCCGGCGAGAUAUGGGCCAUCGCGCUCAGUGCAGACGGCCAGUAUCUGGCAAGCAGCAGCAUCAAUGGCAAGAUCAAUGUCUGGAGCCUCGAUAAGACUCAAAGCUUCCCGCGUAUAAGAGAGUACGAAACAAAGGGCAGCUUUGGACUGUGCGUCAGCCUGAGUGACAACGGAAGCUUCACUGCCUCAGGACACGAGAAUGGUUCCAUAUACGUCUUCAGCAACGACACUGGUCGCCUCGUACACUCUCUCGCAGGCCUUGUGCACCCCGUGCGCAGCGUUGCCUUUUCGCCCGCUUCCAAGCUGCUCGCUGCCGGAGGCGACGCGAGAGUCAUCGCACUGUACGACGUCACAUCUGGUGAGCAGGUGGCAAACUUUACCGGACACGGCGGAUGGGUACUCACGCUGGACUGGAGCGACACGGGCGAGUACUUGCUCUCAGGGUCGCAUGACUCCAAGGCAAAGGUCUGGCGUCUUGAGACGAGGGCAUGCGUUGCUACACACUCGCACGGCGACAAGCCGUUGUGGACGGCCAAGUGGCUGCCCAAGACGCCGACAAAGAGCGAGAUGUUUGCGCUUGGCGGUGGGAACAACUCAAUUAGCUUCUACCGGGAGGCUGCCGGUUGA